AUGUCCGCACUGGUGGCCGCCACGCGGGUGCAGCGGGAGAAGUACCCCCACGCCUUUCGGGUGCCGCAGCGGGUGUUGAACUCUGAGGGCACCACGCUGAAGCCGCGGCAGGUGAUUUGCUCCACCCUGGAGGAUGGAGAGGAGGUCAUCAUCGAGCUUAGACAAGGCGCAGCUGUUCCAGAGGAGGACGUGGAUGCGGCGGAGUGGACCGAGGAGGCCUAUGGGCCACAGGCCAACCUCAUGGACUGCAAGUUCAGGUGGAAGGUGGGCGGGCAGCAGGAGUUCCCCAAGUACGUCCGUGGGGACUACUACGUGGCUCCCCGCUGGCAGGGAGUCUACCCACAGAAAGACUACGGAGGUCCCUUCGAGAUCCAGGUGGUGCCAGUGGACGUGGGCCCAGAUCAGGUGGAUUGGAUCGCCUCCAGGACGGCCGGUUUCAUCGAAGCAAGGUGA